GGCAAAGAAUGACGAUGAUGAUUGCUAGCAACAAGCUAGAAGCCUCAUCUGCUGACAUGCUCGCUGAUAUGCUUUAACUACUGCAAUCAACCGUUGCAGUAGAAACUUAGCCUCAGACCUAACGCAUUCUAACACUGAAGUUGGGCAUCUAAGGGGCGUGUCGUCAGAGAUGCACAGCCAGGUUUGAUGAAGGUAUUACUAUAUGCUCUACAUCAAUUCUCACUCUUAAGGCAAAGGCAGAGGGAUUCACUCAGGCGUUUUCCGUGAGUACCGAGGCGACAUUAUUGCGAUGGGACAAAAAUUUCGCUGGGACAUCCGCGAUGUUUUCUAGAUGCGGAGACUUUGGGAUCACGCACCUAACGUCCAAAAUGGCAUAUUUUCCGAGCAGCAUGCCAUCUCCUUUGCCAGGUCCCAGGGGCCAGGAGCAUGGUUAAAGUUUUCAUACUUGGCUUGCCACUUGGCUUUAUGGCAGAUUGAUUGGCCAAAUUGCUGGGAAUAUGUCGAUAGUAUUUGGCGAUGGGACAUGAAAAAGCCUAUUUCAACCUGUUUUCACACGGCCGCGGAUGACUCUAAUAACAGUUAUCUACAGGAUGCCCUCCAGACACUCAACGGAUUUUAUGCAUCGUGAGCCAUGCCUAACGAGGCGUGUAUUCCAUUCCUACUAACCCUCAGCAAACGCCAAGUCCUUUCAAAUUCGAGUUUUGAAAUCUCAUACAAGGCUGAAGCGCGUUUCACUGUUUGACGUAGCCAGAAAGACGGGGUGACAUCGGCUUGUUACGUCUUCGUUGUGGGCAGGGCAGGAUUGUCAUACUACGCAGCGUACGGAGUGGUGAACAGAACUUGAAACUUGAUCUCUUGCCAAGGUAUCUGCAGCAUGCAGUCUCCGCUUUCAACAAUUUCCCGGUGCCACUCCUGAGUCGGCUAGGCUUGAAGGAGUUGCGAUGAUCCUGGAUCCCAAGUGAGUAGUGAUUUCAGUUGAAGUUGCUUGUCUCGAGUUGCGCUCCACCACAAAAAACCCUAUCCCCGGCUAGGCACGCGCCACCCGCGCUAGCAUCGGCAGCACGUGCUGUUCGGACACGGCACCUGGUACGAAUCGUCAAUUGUCACAUUUAUUAAUUCAACAAAGAGCCACACAGGUACCGUAGAGAGAUGUAAUAUGCCUGGACAAAGCCUUCUUUGAAGUUUGCCGGACCCAUUAUUACCAUGCAACCAUUAUUGUUCCCACUGUUGGGGUGGAGAAACACUGGGGUCCAGAGCCACUGACAACUGGAGAUACCAGAUUCAACCCCGGGAUGCCUUGAACAAAUGGGGCAUCGGUCCACUAUCUACUUUGCGUCCGAGGACCGAAGACGAGCAGGCACAGAAGUAUUUUGAAUUUCCCUUGCCUUCAUAGUAUUCCAGAGCACCCGUGGAUGCUGGCGAGGUCCCUGAUCUGGCUCCAUGGAGAAGAAUAUGUGCUCUAACCCAGCUCUUUGGUCCCAACAUCGUUAAUAUCCGCUGUUCUUUUGAUUUGUCGUUCGUAUGCUACCCCGACUCUAUAUCUACGGAGUUGCUGUUUUGCGUUGCCCCGCUGCCUCCUUAUGCGAUCGACAGAACACUGGUGAAGGCUUCAUUCAGCAUUGUGCUCUGAAGGCCAGCAGCUUUACAUAUUCGACCCCUCCCCCAUUUCUUUUCUUCCUAUCUUGGCAUUAUCUGUUCCAGGUCUGAUAGGGCAUUAUAUUCUCCAUACUAUACUCAGGGAUUGAAGUACCAAGUUCAAUUUACAACUAAUCAGUUGGAUUUGCCAGGUGUUGUGUGCUGUCAACUAUUCCAUAUGUGGUCUGGGUUACCUAGGCCUGUCUAGCAACUACGUAUAAAACCGCAAAGCUGAGGGGAUUCCGGUUUCUGCUUGCCCUCGCGGCUGGCUUGGCCUCCCUAGCCACAGCAGCAGGCGUUGAAACGCGAGCGGAUUCAAUCGCCGAUUUACCAACAUGUGCCACAAAAUGUUUUUCCCAACUAGCUCCAGAGUUCCCCUGCCUUCUCCAGGAUCCAACAUGCGUUUGCUCGGAUGACAACCUGGCGAUGGCUGUCGAGAAUUGUGUCCUAGGACACUGCACAUUUAGAGAAGCCCUCAGUAAGACCUCAGGCGCUUGAUAUUGUCACCGUGGAUCUCCUAAACCUGGUUACUCAUUACAGUAUUUAAAGCUGCGAAACGUAUCUCAGAAAAUCUCUGUGGACACUCUGAACGAGACAGAACGUCCUUGGUUUCAAUAUGCGGAGUAACGGGACUUGCUGUUGCCUUUACCGCAUUCAUAUUGCGCAUGAUAUCGAAGGCACCAUACUUUGGUGGACAGUUUCAUGCAGAUGACUGGACCAUCACAGUCGCUAUGGUAUUUGGUAUACCUUUGGGUGUUUUGUCGGUACCUCUCGCCAAUGCCGGUCUGGGGAAGGACAUGUGGAAUGUUCAGUUUGACAAAAUCACAUACAUUCUUAAAGUCUAUUACGUACAAGAAGUAAUGUAUUUUGUCACCAUGAACGUUACGAAAGUAUCCAUAUUGUUCUUCUACCUGCGAAUAUUCCCUUCACACAAGUUCAAAAUCGCCUGUUAUGUCGUGAUGAGCGUUACCAUUGCCUAUGGGACUGCGCUUGUGUUUGCCGCUCUGUUCCAAUGUAACCCGGUCCAUCUGGCCUGGGAACAUUGGGAUGGCGAGCAUACGAACUACAAAUGCAGCAAUAUCAAUCUCAUCGGAUGGUUGAGCGCAGCAAUAAAUAUCGUUUUGGACAUCGUCAUUAUCACCUUGCCAGUCAAGCAACUUCUAGGAUUAUCGUUGUCAGUGAAAAAGAAGAUCCACAUCCUACUAAUGUUUGGUGUGGGAUUUUUCGUCACAAUCGUCAGCAUAAUCCGCCUGAAGUCGUUACUUCAAUUUGGUAACUCCCAUAACAUAACCUGGGAUCAUGUUCCCGUCGGCUACUGGAGUACUAUCGAAGGGCAUGCCAGCAUCCUCUGCGCAUGUAUGCCGGCAAUCCGUGCUCUCCUCCGCAAGUUGUUCCCAGCGAUGUUCGGCGACCGAACCGGUGCCUCGUCCAGCGGAACUAGGAAAAUACGCACGAACAAACUCAGUAGCAGCAAUGUUAAAAUAUUUUCUUCUCAAGGACAUGUUCCGCAUUCGCCGCUUUCACCACGUUCGCCGCAUGCGAGGAAUUCUCUAGGGAAAGGUGGUGGGACGGUGUCUUUAGAGUCAGAUAUAUUUCCCUUAGUCGAAAGAGGGGAAGUAGGCCCUGGGCAUGGGUUUGGGAGUUAUACAAUCGUUAAGAGUGUCUAUGAAAAUUAGUAAGAUUGGCCAAGGUAUAUAUAUAUCACGAUAAGCACGACGGAGUACGGUUUGCUUUUGGACGGCGCGUUGUUUUAAUUUUUAAUUUUUAAUUUUGAUUACGAUGUGUGGCCUCAUAUUUUAAUUUAUAAAACUGUUUACGAUUCCAAUCGGGCUUCAGGAGAUGGAACAAAGUGAGAUGAAUCAUUAACAAGCAGCAGUUCUGCGUCUCUCCGGAUAAAUUGGAUUUUGGCUUCACCAUUAUGUUUUUGGCUCUGCAUUUGUCGACGUCACGUUUAUUUUGUUGUGUUUCCAUUUUCUCAUGUCCAGUUUCAUUUCCAGGCUAGUGGCUCAGGUACGGUACAGUACAUACACAGGCUCCAGCUAGGAGGUAGAGGGAAACUAAAGAGUCCGCUAUUUAUCUCCAACAAGCAAGGCCCAACAAGGCACCUGCCGCCCUUCCAUUCCAUUCCAAAUGCAAUGGCGGUGGCAGCAGCACCCUCCCACCUGCCUCACAGAAAAAGCAUCCCGUCAUCCAUACGAAAUGUUUUCACUUAAGCAGUGGUGCCACUGAGGAUAUCGGAGUCACCAGCAUCCAAGAUGGCCAUGGUGGAGCAUCUGAAGAGCUUUCCGCAGGCGGUUCCAAGCUCGAUCUAAAGAAAGUGGAGCAAAAAAGUUACUUUCCCACAAUUUCCAUCCCCCGCAUUCGUGGGAAGGAAAGAGCGGAAAAAUAAAAGUAUUCGAUAGUCAGCGAUUUUGGUUCGAUACCCUCCAAAGCUUUUUGUUUCUUGUAAAUGUUGCAGGGAGACAUGAUAAAGCUUCUUCGCUGGGUAGAACAUGACUACAUAUAUCGCCCGGUCCGGCUCGUACCCUCGAGCUCGACUCAGCUCCCGUGUGUAGCAUGGCUCAUGGAGCUCAAUAUCACAUGUCACGGUGGUGGUAAUGAAGUUACGGUUUUCUGAGUUGAGUCGAGACGAGUCGAGCCGGUGGAUGGAGCAUGCUGGGAAAAGAACGAGGGGAAAUAGUAUGAGAUUUGGCUUAGCUUACGUUGUUACCGGAGAAGUGGUGGACACUGGUCUUGGAAAGCAUGGAGUAGUCUGCAAAAACGAAAAACGAAUUGUUAGCCAUAAUUCUUUGGGCGCAUGGGUCAUAAACCAGAAAAAUAAA